CCUAGUAAAGUGAAAGAGGAGACUCCUAAUUGACUUGCUCAAAAUGGGAGUUUUGGCUGCUGCGAAAAGCUCCGCGACAAUCACGCUGAUGGUGGUGGCGAUAUUGGCGUUGAUGGCGUCGAACGCGGCGGCGCAGGGAUCUUCGCUGACUUGCGCGACGAAGCUGAUAGCGUGCCAAAAAUUUCUCAACAGUUCGAAUCCUCCGGAGGACUGCUGCAAACCGCUCAGGGAAGCCGUGAGAACCGAUUUACCUUGUCUCUGCGCUAUCUUCAGCAAUCCCGAGGUCUUGAAGUCCUUCGGUGUGGAUGUCAGCCAGGCUCUCAAACUUCCGGUCAACUGCGGCAUCACCACUUCCUCGUCCAAUCUCUGCAAUACAACCGCGGUAGAAUCGCCCUCUGGUUCACCAGGUCUUCCAGGUACUCCCCAAGCCACACCUGGAAAUGACAACAAUGGUGCAGGCGGGUCAACACGGUCGGGCUUAUGGGUUAUGGCUGGUUUGUUUUCAAUUUGGUGUUCCGUUUUUGCAUAGGAGGAAUUUGAGAGGGAGCGAUUUGACGGAGCAGUGGUCCAUUUUCUUACUUGUUUUGAUCAAUUGUUUUUUAAUGCGAUUUAUGCCCCUUUGUACCGCUUAUAUAGAUUAUGUUUGGAUUAUGUUUGAGUAAUCAUUCAAUAACAUUGCAUAGUUUGGUUUAGGAUUUUUUUACCUUCUGAAAUGAACAAAAACAAUGGAUGAUGGUUGGCAGAAAUUGAGUUUGAUUGCAUU